UGCAGGAAGAAAGAGAAAUUGCCAGCCAGUUGCCACCGCACCGCUUUCUCGCUCUCAAACAAAUUCAAAGAUUUACAGCCACCGUAGAUAGAUCGAUAAUAGGAUAGCCACCACCCCCCUUCACCGCCCUUCCCAAUUCCUUCCAAUCCCUAAUUUCCGGGUCCGUUUCUUCCUGGCGAAGAAUUCGAUCCUGCAAUAGCGAAUCUUUGAUUGGCGGCCGGUGGAUAUGGCGGCGGGCCCUCUGGCGGACGCGGCGGUGGUGGCGCUCCGCCUUAGCGACGCGACCAGUUGGUGGGACGUAGUCAAUCACUCCGUCGCUUGGCAGGAUUCCAUAUUCCAUGUUCUUGCCGCACUUUAUGGAAUCGUUGGCGCUGUUGCUUUGGUGCAAUUGGUGAGAAUACAAUUGAGAGUACCUGAAUAUGGCUGGACAACUCAAAAAGUGUUCCAUUUUCUUAAUUUCCUGGUCAAUGGAGUUCGUUGUGUGGUAUUUGCAUUGCGUCGGGAUGUCCAAAAAUUGAAGCCAGUGAUUGUUCAACACAUUUUGCUUGAUAUGCCAAGUCUCGCGUUUUUCACAACAUAUGCUUUGCUUGUAUUGUUCUGGGCAGAAAUCUAUUAUCAGGCUCGUGCUGUAUCCACUGAUGGGCUUAGACCUAGUUUCUAUACCGUCAAUGGAGUUGUGUAUGCUAUUCAGAUAACCUUGUGGUUAAUUCAGUGGUGGAAGCCCGUUCCUGUUAUGACAAUUUUAAGCAAAAUGUUCUUUGCAGGUGUUUCCUUAUUUGCAGCCCUGGGGUUUCUUCUCUAUGGUGGAAGGUUGUUCUUAAUGUUAAAAAGGUUUCCUGUAGAAUCCAAAGGCAGACUUAAGAAGUUGCAGGAGGUUGGUUAUGUGACAACCAUAUGUUUCUCAUGCUUUCUUGUCAGAUGCAUCAUGAUGUGCUUUGAUGCAUUUGAUCCAGCUGCGGAUCUUGAUGUUCUGGAUCAUCCAAUAUUGAAUUUAAUAUAUUACCUGCUAGUGGAGAUCUUACCAUCGUCGCUGGUACUCUUCAUACUGAGGAAACUACCUCCGAAGCGUGGGAUCACGCAAUAUCAUCCUAUCCGGUGAUAAUCUUCCUCCAAGGAAGGGUUUGGAUGCAGUAAGUGUGAAGGGGGUUGGUUUCCCGUCCACAAAUGGGAUGAUGAAAACAUGAACGAAUGGAGCGUAGUAGUCGAGAGCCCCCCUCCGGCCCCUACUCCCGCAGUUUGCAUGAAUGAAUGAAUGAAGUUGUGUUUUUGAUGUAUGACUGCACCAAAUGUAGUUUACUUCUAGAGAGAGAGAGGGAGAUGCACUUCUAUCUGUAAUUUCCAGCCUGCAAACUACUAGUUGAGUAUCUCCCCUUCCUUCCCCUUUCAACUUGAACUCUUCUUUUGUUGUCUCUCUCUCUCUCUCUCUCUCUCUCUCUCUCUCUCUCUGUGAUGAACUUUUUUAGACUAUUUUUUGUUUGUUUUUGAGAUGAUGGAUGACAUUUUAUUUCUACUU